AAGCAAGGUGCUUCAAAUCAAGCCGAGGCUGACCGAAGUGCACAACAGUCGUCAUCACAUACCGUGGAUAUGAGACCCCAGGAAGCAGUAGUAAUAUCUGCUAUAGGAACUACACUGAGGUAUUUGCACCAAUCCCUCUCAGUGAUGACAGCAGUGUUGAAGACACAGAAGAAACUGUGAUAGGUGAUAGAGCUCAAGAAAGCCAUAUUACAAUAAGUAACAUCAUAGAAGAUUUAUUUCUUCAAGUCAAUAAUGCAGCCUGCAGUCGCUUUAUAAUUAAUAGAGCUGAUGUCUGGGAUGGAGCAAUGCGGGGUUUCCGUAGAAGUAACUAUGAACCCCAGAAUUCCAUUAUGGUGAAAUUUACGGAUGACGUUGGAGUCACUGAAGAAGGAAUUGAUACAGGAGGACCAAAACGGGAGUUCCUUGGUCUUCUAAUGGAUCACUUGCAUAAACGUCCCGUAUUUGAAGGACCAGAAACACAAAGGUUUCUUAAAUAUGAUGCAACUGGUGAGAAGAAUGACGAAUACUUCAUGGCUGGAUGAAUAAUUGCUGUAUCACUGGUACAUGGAGGGCCCUCACCAAGUUUUUUGUCUGCAAAUCUCAUGAGACACAUCUUGGGCAUUGAUGAUAUCCACGCUACCCUAGAAGACAUAGAUGACCAUGAGAUCAAGGGCAUCCUUUUUAAUGUACGCAAUUCCAAAUCUCUUGAUGAACUCCUUACAAUACUUGAAAAACAAACACUUGUUUUUCAUCUGGCUGGCUGCAAGACAGUCAUUAAAGAAUUGGACGACAAGGAGAAACUAGUUGAAGACUUUCUUAAGUGGUAUAUAAUAAAAAGAAAUGCAUUUGGCAUCGAGCUAUUUAUGGAAGGGUUAAAAACCCUUAAUGUUCUAGAGGCAAUGAAACAGCACCCUGAGGUUUUUCUGAACCAGUUUUGCUUUACUCAAAAGAGAGUUACCGCACAGGCACUUGAAGAUAUAUUAGCAUUGCAGUUCAGUGACAAGGGUAGCAACAAACGUGCCGUAGAAAGCAGAAUUAUUGGUUACUGGAUUGAUUACACCAUAGAUGCUGAAGGAAAUUUGUCGCCGGAAGGACCAUCACUGCGUGAUAUUCUCCAGUUUGCUACCGGCCUGUCCUCCAUUCCACCUUCUGGUUUCCAUCCGCAUCCAUCAGUACAGUUUCUUCAUAAUGGGUCACCAUAUCCCAUUACUAACACUUGUGGCAAUAUUAUUCACCUACCAAUUACUACAGAUUACUAUACUUUUCAGAAGAACAUGGACUUUGGAAUAUUAAAUUACCCAGGGUUUGGCAGAGUCUAGAAUUAUUAUAAAAGGGUCAUUCCACGCCAACUCAACCAGAAGAAGGACAUUUUGUUGCCCAUCCGUCUCAGAUUUUCGUUGAAAAAAUCACCUGUGUGUUUUCUGACAAGCUGAGUUCAGAAAUGAUCUUUUUUUUAAUUUCCCCUUCGACCUGUGACCUUAUAAAAGGUCAACCUAAAGUGAGAAAGGGCUUUUGAGAAAAAAAUCCUAGGAGCACCCUACUCAUUCUGUCAAAUUGCCAGACGAGGGGUAAC